UCUCCGUCCCGGCUCACGUCAGAGCGGUUAAAAGCCGGCGGGCUGGUGCAGGGAGGGAGGCGCAGCAGGGCAGGGGUGCCGCCUCCGCCGCCGCCCUCUCCUCCUCGCCCGCGCCCUUGCGCAGCCGGCCGGCGUCCUCCUCUCGGUGCAGCCGCCGCCGCCGCCGCGUUGGGCAGGGUCCGCGGGCGCCUCCCUCCCUCCCUCCCUCGGCCCGCCUGCAGGCAGAGCGCAAGGCUGGCUCGCGACACCUGGCGCAGCGCAGCCUCUCCUGCUCCUCCUCCGGCAUCCCUCCCCUGCCUCUGCUCGCCGCCGCCGGUCUCCGCGGGGCUGGAGGCAUGCAGGCGGCGGCGGCAGCCGUGAUGGGCUCGGCGCGGCGGGCGGCGUGUUAGGCAGCGGCGGACCGACGACACCGUCCAGCUCAGAGCCAUGGGGGUGCUGAUGUCCCGGCGGCAGACGGUGGAGCAAGUGCAGAAGGUCAGCCUGGCCGUGUCAGCCUUCAAGGACGGGCUCCGGGAGCGGCCCGCCGCCAAGCGCCACUCCGAGGCAGCUGCCAGCCGGCGGGGGACUGUGGAGGAGACGGUGCAGGAGCUCCGCGAGGAGGCGGCGGCGGCGGAGGCGGCAGGAGCCUCCUCCCGCCAAGAGAGCAGCAGUGCCCGGCGGGCCGCCUGGGAGAGGCUGCGCGACGGGCGCGGCGUGGAGCCGGAGGAGUUCAACCGGGCCAGCUGCUUCACGCCCCCGGCCUUUGCCCGCCCCACGCGGGGGCAGGACGAUGACCAGCCCUGCGGGGUCAGCCUGGAGCCGAGGGAGCAGGUAGCCAACGAGGAGAUGUGCGAAGUGUGUGAGGUCUGGACGGCAGAGAGCCUCUUCCCCUGCCGGGUGUGCACCCGGGUCUACCACGACGGCUGCCUGCGCCGCAUGGGCUUCCUGCCCCACGAGAGAGCCACGGAGGCCCUCGAGGCCGCCCACACCGAGACCGGCUGGAGCUGCUAUUAUUGCGACAACCUCAACCUGCUCCUCACAGAGGAAGAGAUGAAGAGCCUCUCAGAAUCCUUCCAGCAGCACAAGGUCGCCCCCGAGAGUCAGCUGUGCCUGGAUGCCUUCCUGAGCUACAAGCGCCUGGCCAGGAGGAGGAGGCGGCGGCAGCCCGAGAAGCAGCAGCCCGGCAGGGAGGAGGAGCCGGAGGAGGAGGAGCAGCUCGCCUUGCAGUUUGCCGCCCUGGACCCCGAGAAGAAGGGCCUCCUCGAGUGGGCAGACUUCCUCAACCACGAGUCCCUGCUGCUGCUGCAGGAAACACGCACGCAGAACUCCCUGCUGCGCCUGCUGACAGGCAAGGAGAGGGAACGGGCCCGGGAGGCCUUCCUCGCGCUGGACCAGCAUGGGGACGGGCUCAUCAGCGAGGCCGGGUGUCGGCAGGCCCAGCACACGUGGUUCCGGAAGCGGCACAAGGAGGCCCCCUCCUGCAAUGUCAGCAUCAGCCAUGUGGGCCCCAUGUCGGAAAGCAGCCCGGCCAGCAGCACCAGCAGCAAAAGCCAGGAGAAGGUCCUGUUGUGCACGGAGGAGUUGGGGGAGUCCAGCCGGACAGUCGACUGGCCAACGUUCCUGCGGGAGAGCACCAUCUACAUCCUCUCUGCGCGCCCCAACAGCCCUGCCAUCCACCUCAAGCCCUUGGCAUAGGAGGGUUGCCUGCUGGCAGGGGGAUGGCUGGCACACUGAUGGCUGGCCGCCUUGGCCAAGGAGAGGGGAGGGCCCACUGCUCUCUGCUCCCCCUCCAGCUUGCCACCUUGACCGGGGCAUCCAGGGGCCACUUGAUUGCUGGAGCACCCAAGGGAGCUCUGUCCGUGGACUAGAGCCCCACCAGGAGGAGCUCCAGACAGAGGGGAAAGUGGACGGCUCUUGGGGCCGUGGGCCUCUGGCAUCUGCACAUCUCCCCCCACAUGCUGUCCAUGCCCACAAGGCGGCGGGCCUGAGUCUGCUGGGUUAAGACCACCGCUUUUUACCAAGACCUUUAAAGCACCAGUGUUGUACUUUUCUGGUUAACCAAACGAGAGCUCAGCAUCCAGGCUCCCCCCACCCGCCCGCCCGCCUCGCUCCCUGCCCUCUGACUGGCCGAAAGGGGGCUGCGUCAGAUAUUCCCACAGCAUCCCGGCUUCCGCUUAGCUAAGAGAAAACGUCAAGCCUCCAUCAGCCUUCUCAUCAUCUGCCAAAAAAAGCCAAGCUUCUGCAUCACAGGGGAUAGCCGGCUUCAGACAGGCCCCGGGAGAGCAUCCGCAUUCUAGGGUCUGGCUGGCCAGUAGGCCCAUCUCGGAGCAUUGCGAUUCUGGUUUGCCACUGGCCACAAGAGGAGCUAACACCUGCAUCACAGCGGCCGCCUUUCCAUUUCUGAGCGGGGACCAGGCGCCUGCACUGUGAGAUGCUGCAUCCUUCCAUCUCCUUGCUGGUGGUAGUCCUUGUCAACCUCUAGCCUCAUGGAGAGGCACCUUGGAAACCAGGCCAUCAAGGGAGCCAAGGGGCAGGGUCAUGGACUAGCCACAGCCUCCGAAAGAAAAGCCAUCUUUGCAACUGCUGGGGUGACAGAUCUGGAGCCCUGCAAGACAACUGCUCUGGGUCGUGACUCCCCCUUUCCUCUCUUCCCCCAUCUCUCUUUCUCCAGAAGGACACAGGAGAGGAUGAUCCCACUAGCCCUAUUCAGACAUUAUGUUGAAGAAGACUCGGGCAAUGAGUGUACCGUGUACACACAGGCAGAUCUGCACACAGAUAACGGUUAUUACGCUGGACACAGCAGGCACAGCAGUCCACUUCCUGCCUGUAUCCUACAUCUGAGGGGGGGCUGAACCCAAGUUCACCUUUGAAAUGAACACAGGUACAGUCAUUCCCAUGAAAACAUGUACAGGUGUACCGGCAUCUGUACACUCAUACAGCAUGCUGUCUGAAUAGGACUGCUGUGAUGUUGUUUCUGUGGGCUCCCAUUUCCAUUUCCUCCACCAAGGCAAGGCGGCGUACUCCGUGUGCACUUUCUGGGCGAGAAGGCCCACACUCCCGCCUCCAGCAAGGCAGCCCCCCAGGGAGAAGAGAGUUAAGGGCCCCUGAGCUGCCUACAAGGGGCCAGCCUCGGGGCCCCUCCCGCCAAGCAGCCCGUCUCCCCCAGGGGCCAGUUGAGAGGGGGGUCAGCACAGUCAAGAGCAUAGGAAAAACCCUGCUGGGUACAAUGGGAGUGGGAACAUAGGAAGCUGCCGUAUACUGAGUCAGACCUUUGGUCCAUCUAGCUCAGUAUUGUCUACCCAGACUGGCAGUGGCAUCUCCAAGGUUGCAGGCAGGAGUCUCCCUCAGCUCAGUCUUGGAGAUGCUGCCAGGGAAGGAAUCUUCUGCUCUUCUCAGAGCAGCUCUAACCCCUGAGGGGAAGAUCUUAUAGUGCUCACACUUCUAGUCUCCCAUUCAUAUGCAACCAGGGUGGACCCUGCUUAGCUAAGGAGACAAGUCCUGCUUGCUCCCACCAGACCAGCUCUCCUCUCCACAGGAAGAGGGCAGGGCUCCAACCCAGCAUCCACUCCCCCUACCUUGGCUAAUUGGGUUUCUCUGGGCAGCACACAAGCAGGGCAUGAAGUGAUAGCCUGCAGUGGUAUACUACCUCUGAAAAUGGAGGCUCCAUUCCCGAUUGUCGUGGCCAUUGAGGACAUAAAAGCUGUUCUAGCUCAGACCAGCGUUCUCUCUCGCCCAGCCUCCCGCUUCCCAGAGUGGCCCAUCAGAUGCCUCCUGCAAGCCCUUGAGCAGGACACAAAGGGCCAAGUCUUGCUCUCUUGGAUUCUAGCACUUGGCCUUGGGAGGUAGGCUGCCUCUGGAUAUGGAGUCUCCGGUCGUGGGUAUCCUGAGAACACAAACAAGCAGACCAAAGGACCGUUUCGCCCAGCAUCCUCUUCCCCACAGAGGCCAACCACGGGGACCCGCAAAGGAACCUCUUCCAUCCGUGGGCCCACGUGGUGAAGUGGCCAUGCAUUGGGGGUGGUGGCUGGUUUAAAGGCAGCUCAGAGGUGGCCUUCGGCGGAGUCUUCCUAACCCUGUUUUCAGACUGCAGGCGUGGCGGGAGCCUGAGCAGAGAGCAGGGCCAGGGCCCUAGUCCCAAGCCAGAGGCCCCAGAUGGCCUGCUAGCCACAGGGGCGGAGGAGGGUCCCUCUUGACCCUAAGGAGGGGGCUGCUGAGGCCUGAGCACAGGCCGGCCCAUCCAGGGCCGCUCAGCAGGACAGGCGGCUGCAGCCUUGAGACCCCACCGAAAGGGCUGGCAUCAGGGGCGUAGCUAUAAUUGAGCGAAAAGGUUCAAAGAACACGGGCCCCCAGCCCCUGAGGGCCCUCCAGCUCCAUCCAUCCCUAUUUUCUCCAUUGUCUCCCUCACUCUGGGGGGCCGCCAGAGAGAGGGAUGAACACGCGCCCCCUCUCCCCUAGCUACGGCCCUGGCUGGCAUCCUCCUUCCUCGGCCCCAGCAAAGGCUCCCUGGGCAAAGCUGGCCAUUACCUAGACGAGGGGAGCCAACCUGAGGCUCUCCAGCUGUGGGACUACAACUCCCAUCACUCCCUCUUGGGCUCCAUGCUACAUGUGUCCACAGUUGCCCUGUUCAGGAGCGGGAUUCGGAGCAUGCCGUGCAGAUUUAGGCCUCCUGACAAAGUAGCUUUGCCACUGUGGCUGAGGACGAUGGGCACGGUAGUCCAGCAACACUUGGAAACUCUUGGGUUGGCCACCCUGACUCAGAGGCAGUGUUCCUUCUUAACAGGAAAUCCCAGAUGCUCUUAACUACAACUCCCAGCAUCCUCAGCCAAAGCGCACUGCAGCAAGGGAUUCUGGGAGCUGUAGUCGACAACAUCUGGGAUUCCCUCUUAAAGGGGACACUGCUCAGAGGGUCGGGGCAGGGGGGUGCAGGCAAGCGUGCCUGCCCUUGUUCCCCACUCCUCCUCUCUUCUGCCCCCCCCCCACUCCAGUCCCCACAGGAGUGGAGAGGCCAGGGGGCAGCUGGUCCUGAUUUGGUGACAUCCCCCUGAGUUACAUGUGGUUCAUUCAUCCUCCCACCAGCCGGUUAGCCUAGAUGUGCCAUAGCGCAGGGGUGGCAUUCCUUUCCCUCCAGAUGUGGGGCUCCGUCCCUCUUGGGUGCCAUUCCUGCUCCCGCUCCCUCUGCCCUAGAGGUGCCUCUUCUCUGCAGGGGAGACCUCAAGGCCCAGGAUGGGGAAGGACUGUGCCAGCCUCUCGGGCCCAAAGACGACCAGGCUUGCCUGGCGGAAGCCCCCUCUCGCCCCCUCCCAGAGCAAAGGCAUGGGGCUGCCAGAGGCAGUGGGAGGGACCAGCCUGAGCCCCGUGCAGGAUAGGAAGCCAUCAUCAUUUCCCAGGUAACUCAUCAGAACAGGUAGGUCCAUCUUGGCCCACAGAACAAGCAACAUGCACCGGGACAGCCAAGGAGCAACUGCUGCCCCACCCCCAGUGCAUGGGGCAAGUUCUUCAGAGGCACACAGCUUUGGUCCUCGAGUCCCCACAAUCUUUGGGUUGCCUUUUCCCCUAGGACUCGGCCUGUGAGCCAGACUGGGAACUCCGCACUCAUCCCUCCCUUCCGUCCCCCCCCCCCCCGCCGCCCCACACCUGCUCCUGCUGAAUCCUGUACCAAGGCAACCUACAUCAUGUGAUCUGAAUAAAUUAUGUAAAUCGAA